AUGGAUGAUAAUAAUGGAAUUGGAGUUGGUUCAUUUCCAUGCUACUUGAAAAACUCACAAAAGCAAUUGAUCUUAUAUUCACAUGCGCCCCGUGGCUAUAUUUACUCACGUGUUGAUCAAAAGCGAAAUUAUUCGUUAAAUGAAAUGUCGACAACAAUUGAUUGUAUAAGCUUAAAUCAAAAAGAUUCUGACUCUGAUUUCAACUCGGAAGAAUUAGAAAAUGAAGAAAAUGAACAAUCAUCAAUCAGAAAAGAUGGUGAUUCAGACUCUGUUCUUAUGGAAAAAGUCAUAUUUCCUGUUAUACGAGAUCAAAUGGCAACAGAAAAAUCUGAUGCAUUCAAACAAAUUCAAGAAUUACCGAUUUUAAAGUCUAAUUCAAGCGAAAACCCAAAUAUAGAUGUAAAUUUAAUCAUAAUGAAGCAGAUUGUAUCUCGAUCUUUCCAAAGUGCUAAUUCAUCUACUGUAAUUCCGAAUUUUUUCAAACAAUUACUUUUUUCUGAAGAUCAAACUCAUAUAUUAAUGUUUAUCAUAGAAUACAUUACACGCAAUUCACAAAUCCCUAUAAGCGUUAAUGAUGAAUUUUCUGAUAAAAAUGAAGGGCUAAAAUUUGUUCGUCAGCCAUACUAUUCGUUCGCUCCACCCCUUAAAAUAAGCAAAUCAAGUUGCUUCGCUGUUGCCAAUCUUUACAUUUAUAUGUCUUCGGAAUUUGGACUUCAAAAAAUUUCCACGAUUAACCCCGGCCAUAUUGUUUGUAUAAACAAAGAUUUCACAGAUAUAGAUACUCUUUGUGCAAUUACGUGUGGUUUGGUAGUUUCUCGCCGAUCAACAACAAACUUUAUUUUAAUUUCUUACGAUAACUUACAACCUCUCACAGAAAUCAACCAAUCUAUAUCAGGCAAGAUCUAUGGAUACAUGAACAAGCUUUUUGUCGUUGGUGAUGAAGAUGAUGAAACCGAAAUUUUGACAUUUCAAGAAAACAACAAAUAUACAUCAACAAAAAGUCCCACAUCAACUGUCAUGCAUCUAAUUAAGCCUCCUUCAUCGGAAUCAAUAAUAACAAGUUAUGCUUUUCUGGAUCUUGAUCCCAAAAAAAUUCAUUUGGAUGAUAUAUCUGAUUUUAUCACCUUAUGUGAUCCUUUUACAAUGCAAUUAUCUAUUAUUACAAAGAGCUACAUUUAUCUACCUCUUCCUGAUUUAAAUUUGAACAAAUUCAAUCCUGAAUUUCAUGAAUCACCGAACGAAACAGAUUUCAUUCACAAAGUUCUUCAUUUCUUUGUAUCUGAACUUUUAAGUUCUCCUGGUAAUAAACCAGCGAAUUUCUACCAAUUACUCAUUGAAUUAUUAUCAAAAAUUUAUAAUAUACAAAAAUACGAAAAAUGUGUUGUUUAUAUCGCAGCGUUACUUUCAUCCAUUCCUAGUAAUCAUGCAAAACUUCUUUCGCAAAUUGAUGCCGCUUCUUUUAAGAAAAUUGAAGAAAUAUCUCCAUUUAGUGCAGCUAUAAUUGCAUCGAAAUCACAAGAAUUACUUUUAUCUGUUGCAAACAAAAAUACUUUUAUUAAAGCUGUUAGUUUAGCAGAAGAUCUUUGGACUAAAAACAAAUUAGAUUUAAUUCAACAGAUUAUUGAAAAGAAGUUUGAUAUAAUGUUGGAAGCAAGUAAGUUCCGCAAUGAUGAUGAUACAAUUCUAAUGAUUGUUUUUAUGAAAAUGUGUAAUACGGAUGGUUUCAAAUUUGAUCCAAUCUUACCACUUCUUAAAACAGAACCUACUAUUCCUUAUAAUUAUAUAGAAUUUGUUUCUGCAACUGUUGGAAAUUUUAUUAAUUCUGAUUUCGAUCCUCGAGUUUUUGAUUUGAUUUUGACGAAUUUGAAAUAUACAGAAGUUUUUGAGUCUUCUUUGUUUACAUAUGUUAAUAAGACAAUGAAAGACUAUUUUAAUCCAUCAUUUAAAGAUGUUGGAAUAAUUGAUCAGACGAAUUAUCUUUCAUAUUGUAAUGGAACUUUCAAGCUCGAUAAUUCUGAUGAAUUUUACUGCGAUACACAAAUUAAAAAUUAUUACAGAGUUCAUAAUCAUCAAAGAAAGUAUUUUGGUCAAUUAUUAAGAAUUUUCCAAGAUAAUUCUGAUGGUUCGGAACCUCUAACAGUUUCACAGAACAUAACAAUAGAUACUCUUGGAGAUUAUGCUUGUUUUCAUAUGUUGAAAGAUAUUAUUUUUGAUAAAUUGUUUUACAAAGCAAUUAAGAAAGAAUCAGAGGAUAUUUUCAAAUAUUUACUUCAGAAUAACUAUUAUAAUCAAUAUUUCUUUGAUUUUCUGGCACAAUUAUAUCCACAAAUGGAAAUACCAAAAGAAAUACAUAUAAAACAAGAGAAUUUUUCAUCAUAUGAAUCAUCGUUGUAUUCAUUUGAUUUGAUUAACUUUGUUUUACCAAAAUUAACAAUUGAUGACCAACAAGCUUUCUUAAAUACAAUAAUCCAUGCUGAUUAUUCUACUCAUACUAUCCUUCAAUUUCAAUCCUUUCUUUCUCAUUUCCGCUCUAAAAUUGGAAAAUUUAAUUAUUCAGAUCAGUUUGCAAAUGAUUUAAUCAAUGAAUAUCUCAAUCUCCAGUUCCAGCCAUCCAACCAAAUUGGAUCCCUUGCUCAGCUUAUUCUGGCAACAUUAACUAGAUUUCAUUGGAAUUUGCCAAAUAAAGAUGAAUUAAUCUCUAAUAUUACAAUGAAGACAUUAGAUUUCGACAUCCCACCACUUAUUAUUUCAUUGAGAACUAUUAUUGAAGACACAAAUGCUAAAUGGGCAUUAGGAGGUAAAAUCCAACAAGCAAUUCAAACACUAUGUAUUGCUUACAACGCUGAAACUCAUCAGCAACAAAACAAAUCUGUAUUUGAUUGGUCACAUCGAUAUGCCCAUCAAAUCGCCAGAAUUUUGUAUUUAUUAACUUACCAAAACUUUGAUGAAGUGUUAGAUAACAAGUCCAUAAAUACUUUUAGCAAGUUAUUAGUAUUGUCUACAGUAUCAAUGCCAGCAAUUGUUGGGGAUAAAUUUGAAAUUAAUGGAAAAGAAGUUAAAUUAAUUGCAAUUUCACCGACAUUUCUUUCAUUUGAUUACAAAGGUGCUGUUUUCUCCAUUCCUUCUAUGAAUUUCAUGACAGGGGAAUCAUUACUUCCUAAAAAGAAAGAAAUUCCAAAAAUACCAAAGAAAUUUUCUCAACAUUUUCAAAAAUUCCAAAUUGAACCUGAAAUUUGUAUAAAUUUAUACUUCGAUCUCCUGAAUGCGGUUGAUUUCCAGAUACCAGAACUUCAAGAAAAACUUGAAAAUUAUAUCAAAGAAGGUCGAAUGCCUAGUAUUUAUGAACCCCCAUUAGAUCCGUAUAUCUUAAUUACUGAAGAAUUAGACAAUUACAUUGAUAUAACUCACCAAAUAUCAAAUGAAGAAGGCCUUAAAUAUAAGAUGAUUUCCUGUCCACUGAACAAUCUAGCAACUAAGGGUGAAGUAGAUGUUGGUAUUUAUUACAGGUCAAACUUGAUAUUUAUUGAAUAUAUCAAGCAAGAAACGCGUUUCCUUGUUACUCGACAUGAAAUAGUAGCUACGAAUGCGAAAGGAGAAAUAUUAAAUUAUUAUCCAUUUGAAAAUCCAGAUGGAAAAGUUUACUUUGUUUUGGCCGGAGCAAAAUCAGAUUAUAUUCAUCACAUAUUUCUACGCGUUGACACAUUUGCUGAAACAUUACAGCCACCUGAUGAUUAUGAAUAUAACACUAAUACAGAUAUCAAAGUAGAAAAAUACUUUAGACCGUUUAUUUCUUAUCAAGGAAUUAAAUUCCUUCCUUAUAUUGAUUUGACACAUGAAAAGUGUCAAAUAACAGUUACAUAUCCUCUCAAUCAAGAGCAAGAACUGAAGGACGAGGAAAUGGAAAAUUCAAUCGAAAUUGGCUUGGCGCCAAACUUUUCAUUCGAUGUAACAAUUUUGAAAGAAAAAGUGAAGAAAAGUGAUACUAAUAAUAAGAUAAUUUUAAGGUUUUAUAAACGUACAAACGAUACUUUAUUAAUUAUCACUUCACCUCAUGAACAAACCACUAAAUAUCAAAUUCCAAAGAUACAAGAAGUUGUUUUAGGUUUGUUUGAUCAUUCAUUAGAAACAAAGCUUGAAUUUGACUUAAAAUACGAAUAUUUUGAUGAAAAAGAAGAUGUUGAAAAUGAAAUUGGUAACGAAUGCAAAGUCACUUUUUCAGAAUCAUUCUAUGAAUUCGACCUUGAUGCUUCUUACAUGAGUGAUCGAUUUGUUUACCGGCAAAAAUGUGAUUUCAAAUAUGGUUAUGAAUAUCCAUGUUUUGUCAAUCCAGUUGACACUCCAACAGCUCUUCAGUUUACAUCAGGAACAGCAACAGGCCAAACAGUCACAAUCACAAAUACUGAUUCAAUGACUGUUUCUACAUUUGAUGCCAGACUGAAUUCUAUUCACUCAUAUUUAGACGACAAAUACUUCUUUGGUCUUUUCAAUGAUACAUUUCUCAAUUCAAUGUACAAAGAAUUGGCAUUUUGUAGACCAGAAUACCACAGAGUUUAUUUUGAUUCGACAAAGUCUGAGUCAAUGUCAAGGGCAAUUAUGGAAAUAUCAAUGAAUCAUUAUAACAGCUUGCUCAAUAAAAGUAUAUUGCAAAGGAAGAAAUACGAUCGAGAAUUGCCAGAUUUUACAUCUCCCACAUAUUUUGUUCAACAAAUGAUUGAAAUCAUUUGUAUCAAUGUUCGUAAUGAUAUGUUUAUUUCGAAAACAGAUUACAGUUUCUCAGAACAUUUAACAAAAUCAUUCAUGUCUAAAGAUAUUUGUAAAUCGAUUAUUGAUUUCUCUGUUCAUACAUUACGAGUCAAUGUUGCAGAAGAAUUAUCUAAAUGCAACUCAAUUGUUUUACCAAAUAUUUAUGAAGACAUCACAAGAGAAAUUGAUGGCUUGUUUAUUCUUCCUUCUGAUGUUGUUUCUAAAGCAACAAUCUCAGAUUACACAACAGAACUUCAUUUCUUACAGCCUAAUUUCCUCUUCACUAAUAGAAGCAGUUUCUAUAUCAAUCGUAAGAGAAAAGUUUUUGGUUUUGGAAAACUGUUGCCAUUUAGUUUUUCAAGUGAUGAUCGCGAUGGCUUUGGUAAGAAGUUACGUGCAUCUAUUUGUUUCAUUAAUCAUUUAUGCGAAGUCCAACCAGAGAUGACAAUUCGUGAAGUUAUUGUCCCUAUUUUAGAAUUAUACGAACGAAUUCCAUUUAGUUCUAAUUUAGUUCACUGGAUUUUGCGUACAUUUGAAAGAGUUACUCCUGAUAUUUUGUUGGUUUACGAACCAUUUACUUCUAACAUUGAUCGAUACAACUCUGAAAUCAAGACAUGUCUUUACAUUAUUUUGUUGAGAUUGGGUUGUUACGACGCAAGAUUUUCGACAUUUUCCGAACAAAUUUUGAAAUCAAAUCGUGAUACGGCACUUACCGUUUUAUGUAACUGUCUUCUUAAUCCAUUUAUCUAUUUCAAAUACGGAAUUACUAAACUUCCAGAUAAAUUCAUCUUAGAAAUGAGUGGUUUUGUUCGUGCAGUGCAAAACAACAAGCCACCGGAUGAAUCUGGGGAAGAAGAAGAAGAUAUCGAAGUCGAAAUCGAAGGUGAAAAUUACUUCUGUUUUGAUGAUUUCACAGAAAACGAAGGAAAGCUUUAUAUUCAUGAUCCACGAAAUAAUUUUUACUACAAAGGAGAUAAUGAUCCAGCAAAAUUAUCAGAAGCAAAGCAGAUUGUUUUGGAUCAUUUCAACUGCGUCAAGUUUGAUGAAAAAGUCGCAACAGCUGCAUAUCAUUUUGUUUUUUUGUACUGCAAUUUCAUACCUUUCUUUGAACUUUCUUGGUUUAUCUCUCCAAGAUUGUAUAUUUUCAACCGAUUGCUUUACUUCGAGUACAAUCCACGUGUUUGUUCUCCUUGUUUAGAACUUUCAUACAUCAACUUCUACAACAGCACGCAAGGAACAUUUAACAUCAACGAAGUUACAGAACUUGGUCGAUACGUUCAAGACAAUGAAUUCAAAGAUCCAGAAAUCAAAGGUGAAAUUACUGAUUUAGCCAAAGACUCUUUCAUUGCAUAUGGAUUCUACAGGUAUUCUUCACUGAAAGAUUAUAUUUCUUCAGAUAAUUUCCAUAGUAUCGGUGGAGAUCAAGUCAUCGAUAACUUCGUUGAUAUUGGUAUCAACAUGACGAUACCAGAUAAAUUGAGAGAAACCGUUUCACAUAUAUUUAUUUCAAACUGUAUUUUCUCAAUUCCAGACAAAGAAGGAAAAGUCACUGAUUUGAUGCUCAUAGCAAGAAAAUUUAAAACCAAGAAGCCUAAUUUCAUUUAUGAUAACAUUGAAUCCGAUAGUAUAUUUGAUCAGAAAAUUCAUCAAAAUGAUGACUCCGAUUCAUUCGAAGAAGAAGAUUAUGAAGAGGACGAGGAAGAUGAUGAUGAGGAAGAUGAGGAUGAUGGCAAUCAAGAUCCAGAGGAUGAAGAUAAUCAUGACAGUCAUUCCGAAGAGGAAGAUACAAGUGAUGAAGAAGAAAACUGGGAAUAA